UAUUGACUGCUCCAUUAAUGCAACAGGAUCUUCCCCAUCGACUUCACUUCCACGACGUCCCCGCGGCCUGCUGAAAGUAGUCCCGAUCGUACUCGAGGGCCCUGACGGCGCGUUCGAGACAACAGCGCUACUCGACGAUGGCAGCAUCUCAACGCUCAUCGACGCCGACGUAGCAGCACGCAUCGGAGCGAAGCCGACGAGUCCGGAGCGUCUUCGCAUCGAAGGUGUUAGUAAUAUGUCAACGGAACUCGACGUUCACGCAGCGGACAUCAUAGAAGCGGAGAAGAUGUUGGUUCGGCAAGCCCAGAGAGAGAGUUUCCCAGAGGAAUUGACAAACCUGCGAUCCUCGAAGCCAGUGCCCAAGGACAGUCGGAUUAAGAAACUCGCCCCUAUACUUGAUGAAGAAGGCCUCAUGCGUCAAGACACACGCAUUAUUUCCGCACCAGGAGUGAAUAACGAGACAAAAUCCCCCAUGAUUCUUGACGGCCGCCAUUACAUCUCAAGACUCAUCAUCUCUCACGAACAUCAAGCUCCUGUCUAA